AUGCUGAGACUGUCUGUGGAGUGCGAUGGAAUUGACGAGGCGCGAAUCCCGUCCGUCCGGAAGAGCCAGCACAUCAUCACGUCCGGCAGACUGGCUGUUUCGGUGCUGAGUGGAACAGCCGAACAGGCAACAAUCCGACAAAGUCGGUGUCGUAUCGGUGAUCCGACUUAUCGGUCUGUUGGCUGCGGGUUGCGGUUUGCGGAUUCCCGACGCGUGUCUGCGGCGUGCUGCGUCAGAACCAUGAAGCGUUCUUUCGACGCCGAUGGGCUUACCGAAGUCUACGGAGGAUUGCCGGGUGCACCAAGAUGA